GGCGCGUCACACACGAGCGCAGCGAGCGGUUCUUUGCGUAACACCGGAACUGUGAUGUGCGGACCGCUGCAGCCCUGCAACUCCACAGCACUAUUAUUGUUCCUAUGAUUUAUUUCACUUCUCUCAAGUUUUCCUGCCAUGACGCUCUGGAUUCCCACUAAAAGAGAGAAAUAUGGAGUGGCUAUCUAUAACUAUGAUGCCAAAGGAGAGCCAGAGCUGAGUCUUCAGGUGGGGGACACGGUACACAUACUUGAGACGUUUGAAGGGUGGUACCGAGGAUACACACUACGACAGAAAUCACAAAAGGGCAUUUUCCCUGCCAACUAUAUUCAUCUGAAAGAAGCCAAAGUUGAGGGAACGGGGAAACAAGAGACUGUCGUACCUACAGAUUUGCCCUUGGUCCAUGAAAUUGGCACCACUCUACGAGAAUGGACACAAAUAUGGCACAAGCUUUACGUGAGCAACAAGACCACGCUGUUCCGGAACGUUCAGCAGAUGGCCUACAGUCUGAUCGAGUACCGCUCGCAGAUUGUGUCCGGCACGCUUCCCAACGACGACCUUGUGGAGCUGAGGAAGAAAGUCACAGCGAAAAUCGACUAUGGGAACAGGAUUCUGGGUCUUGAUUUAGUGGUGCGUGAUGAAGCCGGAAACACAUUAGACCCCGAAUGCACCAGCACUGUCAGUCUGUUCAGGGCUCAUGAGUCAGCAUCCCUCAGUAUUGAUGAGAGGAUACAGGAGGAGAAGAUGCGGCUUCAGAACCUGGAGAAGCGGCGUCAGGCCCUCUUCAGCGGCGUGCAUACGUACAGCCUCCUAAUGAAUCUCAAAAACUUUGUAUGCAACAUCGGCGAGGACGCAGAACUCUUCAUGUCAUUAUAUGAUCCAGACAAGUCUGAAUUUAUUAGUGAAAACUUCCUGGUGCGGUGGGACAGCACAGGCAUGCCGAAAGAGAUUGAAAAACUCAACAACCUUCCUGCACUUUUCACGGACCUGAGCAGCAGUGACCUCAUCAGACAGCGACUCUUCCUGGUGUGUCAGAUCAUCCGUGUGGGCUGCAUGGAGCUAAAGGACGGAAAGAAACACACAGGAGGGCUGAGGAGGCCGUUUGGAGUAGCAGUCAUGGAUAUCACAGAUAUUGCCCAUGGGAAAAUUGAUGAUGAUGAUAAGCAGUAUUUCAUCCCUUUUCAACAGAUUGCCAUGGAAACGUACAUCCGUCAGAGGCAACUAAUCAUGUCUCCUCUCAUCCCGUCUCGUGUCAUUGGCGAGAAUGAGCCACUCGCUGCCGUCUUCAACAAGGUCAUCGCAACGCGAGAGGUUAACCACAAAGGACAGGGUUUGUUUGUGACCCUAAAGCUGCUCCCGGGAGACGUGUUCCAGGUUAAAAAAGAUUACCCUCAUUUUGUGGAUCGCACAACAGCUAUAGUCAGGAAAAUGGGCUUUCCUGAAAUUAUCCUGCCAGGCUAUGUAAGGAAUGAUAUAUAUGUUACACUGCUACAAGGAGAAUUUGAUCGUGGCAAGAAGAAAACUCCCAAAAACGUAGAAGUUAUAAUGAGCGUGUUGGAUGAAGAAGGAAAUCCCAUGGAGAAAGCCGUAUUUCCUGGAGCUGGUUAUGAAGGGAUCACUGAAUACAAGUCUGUCAUCUACUAUCAAGUCAAGCAGCCCUGCUGGAAUGAGACGGUUAAGGUGGCCAUUCCUAUUGAGGACGUAUGUCGAUGUCACCUGAGGCUGACCUUUAGACACCGAUCUUCUCAAGAUUCCAGAGAUAAGUCCGAGAAGCCUUUUGGCAUGGCAUUUGUCCGCCUGAUGAAGUCGGAUGGCACCACGCUCCCAGAUGGAAAACACGAUCUCAUUGUCUACAAGGUGGAUGUGAAGAAAGCUGACGAUGCCAAGACGUAUUUGACUCUGCCUGGCACAUAUGCUGAAGUGGAAGAGAAGGAGAGACAGACGGGAAAAUCCUUCCAUCAUGCCGGCCUCAUUCCCAUCACCAAAGACAGCUUCCAGAUCGCCACCCUCACCUGCUCUACAAAGCUUACUCAAAACGUUGACCUUCUGGGGCUUCUCAACUGGAGAUCAAACACUGAGAGACUUGAAGAAAUUCUUCAGAAACUUAUGGAAGUGGAUGGAGGGGAGAUUAUUAAAUUCCUUCAGGACACACUGGAUGCUCUCUUUAAUAUCAUGAUGGAGACCUCAGAGGAAGAAACCUACGAUACACUGGUUUUCAAUGCCUUGGUUUUCAUCAUCUCAUUGAUUGGCGACAUAAAGUUUCAGCAUUUCAACCCUGUUUUGGAGACCUACAUUAGCAAACACUUCAGUGCUACUCUGGCAUAUCAGAAGUUGACCAAAGUGUUGAAUUAUUUUGUGGGCCAUGCCGAGAACCCGGCUCAUACAGAGCGGCUGUACGCCGCCUUGAAAGCCUUCAAGUAUCUUUUUCGCUUUAUUGUGCAGUCUCGAAUUCUCUAUCUGAGGUUUUAUGGGAAAAGUGAAGAUGCAGGGCAGUUUCUCGACUCCAUUCGGACCUUAUUUCUUUCAAUCAGCAAUCUGAUGGACAGACCUCUGGAUGAAGGAGUUAAGAUAAAGGCAGCAAUCCUGAAAUAUCUUCCCACCAUCAUCAAUGAAUUGCAGAAGGUCUUUGACGCUGUAGAGCUCAGUAUUCAGCUGACUAAGUUCAUCGAGAGCAUCCCAGAUUUUCAGAUGGUGAGGCAGAAGCUGGGCUGUUUGGUGAAAAUUGUCGAGAGUAACCUGUUCAAACAGCCAGACUGCAGAGAUGUUUUGUUGCCCCUGAUCACAGAUCAGCUGAGUGGACAACUGGACGAUCACUCCAACAAACCUGAUCUUGAGGCCUGUGUACAGCUGCUGAGCACUGUACUGGACAUGCUGGACUGCAAAAACGUGGGUCCCACGUCCGGUCAUGUGAAGUUAAUUGUGGACCGUCUCUUGCGGAGGGUCAACCGUACGGUCAUCAACCUGAGCUUGGACUCUCCCUUCAUAGGCCAAUACCUGGCAUGCAUGACCGCUAUCCUGAAACAAAUGGAAGACGCACAUUACGCACAAUACAUCAGCACCUUCAAAACCAGACAGGACAUUAUCGAUUUUCUAAUGGAGACUUUCAUCAUGUUCAAAAACCUGAUGGGCAACGUGUUUCCACCCGACUGGAUGAUCAUGAAUCUUCUCCAAAUGAAAGUCUUUCUGCGGGCGAUAGACCAGUACUCUGAUGUUCUCAACAAGUACUUCCUGGAGUCCGCUCACUUCCACUUACAGCUUUGGACCAGCUACUUUCACCUGAUUGUUGCCUUCCUUACACACAAGUCCUUGCAGCUGGAGUCCUUCUCGCUUGAGAAACGAGACAAGAUUCUCAACAAGUACGGAGACAUGCGGAAAAGCAUCGGCUUUAAGCUGGGACAUAUGUGGCAGAAUCUUGGAUCAGAGAAGUUGAAGUUCAUCCCCGCAAUGGUGGGGCCGAUCCUGGAAGCCACGUUAGUGCCUGAGCCUGACCUGAGGAAAGCCACCAUCCCCAUCUUCUUUGACAUGAUGCAGUGUGAACACCAUUUUAGCAACAACCACACCUUUCAGAAGUUUGAGAAUGAGCUAAUCACAAAACUGGACCAGGAAGUUGAAGGAGGCCGCGGUGAUGAACAGUACAAGAUUUUACUGGAAAAAAUACUGUUGGAACGCUGUCAGCGGCAUCUGUAUCUGAGUCAGUCUGGUAAGGAGUUGGCUCUGCUCUUGAGUAGCCUACUGGAGAACCUGCUGGCCUACCGCACCAUCACCCACGACGAGAGCCCUGAGCUCCGCAUGAGCUGCACUGUCAACGUCCUGAACUUUUACAAAGAAAAGAAAAGGGAGGAUAUUUAUAUCCGAUAUUUGUACAAGUUACGUGAUCUACAUCUGGCCUGCGAGAAUUACACAGAGGCUGCCUACACCCUGCUGCUGCAUGCUGAACUGUUGGAGUGGUCCGACAAGCCGUGCGCGCCCCACCUGAUCCCACGGGACGGAGCUCAGGGCUGGACGCAACAAGAGCUAAAGGAAAGACUUUUUCAGGAAAUCAUGUGCAAUCUGGACAAAGGCAAAAUGUGGGAGAAGGCCAUUGAGAUGGCCAAACAGCUUGUUAAACUUCACGAAAACCAAAUGUUUGAUUUCAUAGAGCUCAGUCAACUGCUGAAACAGCAGGCACAGUAUUAUGAGAACAUCAUGCACGCUAUGAGACCUCAGCCUGAGUAUUUCGCAGUGGGAUACUACGGUCAGGGUUUCCCGUCCUUCCUCAGGAAUAAAAUGUUCAUUUACCGUGGUAAAGAGUAUGAGUGGCUGGAGGACUUUAGCCUCAAGCUGAUGUCUCAGUUUCCCAAUGCAGUGAAGAUGACCAGCACAUCGCCCCCUGGUGACAACAUUUGGAACUCACCCGGUCAACAUAUUCAGUGUUUUACAGUGAAGCCUGUCCUAAACUUACCUUCACAGUUCAAAGACAAGGGACUUCCUGAACAAAUCCUCAAUUACUACAGGACGAACGAGGUGGAUAAGUUCCAGUAUUCAAGACCAUUCAGGAAAGGAGAAAAAGAUCCUGACAAUGAGUUUGCCACUAUGUGGAUCGAAAGGACCACCUUUAUUACGGCAUAUCGCUUUCCAGGAAUCCUCAAGUGGUUUGAGGUGAAAUCCAUGUCGGUGGAAGAGAUCAGCCCUUUGGACAACGCUAUAGAAACCAUGGAGAUGGCCAAUGAGAAGCUGAGUAAUCUGGUGCAGCAGCAGGCAUGUGACCGCUCUCUUCCUGUGCACCCGCUCUCCAUGAUGCUCAAUGGAAUUGUGGACCCGGCUGUCAUGGGUGGCUUUUCCAACUAUGAGAAGGCGUUUUUCACAGAGGCCUACAUGAAGAAGAACCCUGACCACCUGGAACGCAUUGAAGUCUUAAAACACCUGAUCGCAUUGCAGGUCCCGUUGCUUGACGAGGGGAUUCGGAUCCACGGAGAGAAAUCCACGGAGCAGCUCAAACCCCUUCACAACAGAAUCGUCACCUGCUUCCAGGACCUGCGCGCGAAAGUGGAGAAACUCUAUGGUGUCAUUACUCUACCCUGCUCUCUGACAGAAAAGAAAAAGAGUCGCGUGGGGUCGAUGGUGAUGCCGUACAUCAUGUCCUCCACGCUCAGACGGAUGUCCACCAUCUCAAACGCCUCCUCCGGACACUCCAGCGGCUCGGGCUCCUCCGACGGAAACUCCUCCAGACCUCAAUCCCAGGAUUCGCUGCUCUCCCGUGUGAGCGACAGCAGGGUUUCGGUUCUCUCCCGCUCAGAGGAAGAUAAUCGGAUAAGUAAGAAGAACAGGAAGGAAUGGAGCAUGAGCAAGUCUCAAGUCUUACUGGAGCGACCUGGUGACAGAGAUGAGAUUCCUCCAGAGAAGCAGCCGAGGCCGAAAAGUCUGACGAUAGGGGACCGGAGACUCACGCUGUCGCUGUUUCAUGGAGAAUCAUCCAAUUUGAGUUUACACAACCCACUCAGCCCUCUGCCUGCCACACCGCACACACCACGCAGCUCGAGUUACACGUGUCUCCCGAGCGAGAGUGACUUCAGCGCACCUGACAUCACGAACACACCUCCACCAAUGCCACCCAAAAAACACCCUCACGAGAGCGAGAGCAUCUAUAACUCUACUUCUGAGAUCACGCCUCCUUUACCGACGAAAGCUGAAGUCAAGCCUCCACCGCCGCCACCCAAAACACGCAAGUCCAUGCUUCCCAGUUAUGAGAGCAAUCCACAAUAAACACACUCCGGUUCUCCCGUGGUACCCGCGUCUCAAAUAAUCGCGUGCUGUGCGGGUUCGAUUUAUGGAGGAAAAACUUCUGAACGGUACUUGCUCAUGUUUUUAAAUGUUCUGAGCUGAGAGAGAUUGUUUUUGUCAUGGUUAUCUGGGAUUUCUGCUGAAAAUUUGACUGAAGAUUAUCAUUGAUUUUUUUUUUUGUAGCAGUUUCAUCAUGAUAAAAUGCUGUUUCUUAUUUGGAAAUGAACCUCUAGUGUGUAUUUAUUCAUCACUGCUGGGCAGGAACGUGACCAAAGGUUGGUUUGUUUGUUGAAUGUUCAAAUCAGCCUCACAUCCACUGGAUUCAUUAGUUGAUCUAGACCUGUAGCUGUGCCUUAUGAAUAGAGAGAUUUAAUGUUAUUGAAGUUUUUACUUCCUCUGUGCACGUAUUCACUUUGCACGUUGCUCAUAAUUGUCGAGUUGUGCGUUUAUGCAAUUAACCCUUUUCUAGUUGAACUUCUUGAACCAAUAAUUAAGAAAAGACUGAUUGUCUUUCUGUUUUCACUGUAGACCGCUACAUUUGUAUGAAAAACAUUUAAAGGAUUAGUUCACUUCUAAAUUAAAAUUUCCUGAUAAUUUACUCACCCCCAUAUCAUCCAAGAUGUUUAUGUCUUUCUUUUUUCAUUCGAAAAGAAAUGAAGGUUUUUGAGGAAAACAUUCCAGGAUUUUUCUCCAUAUAGUGGACUUCACUGGGGUUCAACAGGUUGAAGGUCCAAAUGUCAGUUUCAGUGCAGCUUCAAAGAGCUCUACACGAUCCCAGACGAGGAAUAAGGGUCUUAUCUAGCGAAACGAUCGGUCAUUUUCUAAAAAAAAAAAAAAAUGUAUAUACUUUUUAAAGACAAAUGCUCGUCUUGCACUGCUCUGUGAUGCGCCACGCAUUACGUCAUCAGGUUGGAAAGGUCACGCGUGACAUAGGCGGAAGUACCGAUCCAGUGUCUACAAAGCAAACGUGCAAAGAUUAAGCCAAACACUCUAUACAAAAAAAGUUAAAACAACGAUAUCAGAUGAUUUUGAAGUUGGAGGAGAAAAUGAGAUGGAGUUUUUCGCCCUACUGCGGUACUUCCACCUACAUCACGCGUGACCUUUCCAACGUAAUUACGUAAUGCAUGCCGCAUUGCAGAGCAGUGCAAGAUGAGCAUUUGUGAUUAAAAAUGACCGAUUGUUUCUCUAGAUAAGACCCUUAUUCCUCAUCUGGGAUCGUGUAGAGCUCUUUGAAGCUGCACUGAAACUGACAUUUGGACCUUCAACCUGUUGAACCCCAGUGAAGUCCACUAUAUGGAGAAAAAUCCUGGAAUGUUUUCCUCAAAAAACCUUAAUUUCUUUUCGACUGAAGAAAGAAAGACAUAAACAUCUUGGAUGACAUGGAAGUAAAUUAUCCGGAAAUGUUAAUUCUGAAGUGAACUAAUACUUUAAGAAAGCCUGUGAACUGAAUUUGGUGGUAGAGAAUGCAAAAAAAAAUGCAUGUCUUGCAAAAAAGCAGAUCAGAUAUUUUUGAAUUCAGGAAUACUACCUAAUGUGUCAGCACUUAAAUCUCACCUAAGUAAAGAGUUUCACUUCGCAGAACGGUACAUUUAGUUUGGAGGUUUGAGAUCAUUAAAUCAUAUUUAAGGUUUGCUUGUUCAUGUACCUCAAGUCAAAAUAUCACUUCAGUAGUAUCGGCACUGUAUGGAAAAGCUGUAUUUGUAUACUGUAUUUUUUGCUCAUGAUGUUCUUUUAUUUCUUUAUAUGAUACAGAUGUUUAGAUGUUUUUAUUUUGUGAUUCAAAAUUUGUCUCUUGUCCAUUGUGAUAGAAUGCAGCUGCAACUUUGGAUGUGUAAAUUAUUCAUUGUAAUGUUUUUGAAUACAGCGCUCCAGUUAUGAAUUUGUUUGUAGAAUAGCAGGAUCUGCACAGUCAAAGUUCACUGGGUAAAAACUACACGGCAAUAAUGUUGUUUGUAAUGGGUUCUUAUAGUAAGGUAAUUUGCAUAAAGACUGCAUAGUUUUGUACUUUAAGAGAGUGUUUUUUUUUUUUUUGCAAAUAUGGUAAUAAUAUUUAAUUGAUGUGCACAUGGGAAAUGCUCUUUCUGCAUGAAAUGUUUUGUACAUUCUGUAUUAAACCAUCAAAUUAUCAGAACAAAUGCGAUAGAGAUUACACACAAUUCCAGGGAAACCAGAACAAUUUUUAUAAAGGGAUUGUAGGUGUAAAUAUAGAAUUAUUCUUUACAGGAUUAUUUAAACUUGAAACUGUAAUUUAAAUUCCAUUUGAAUGAAUGAAUUAGUGUUUUUUAUUUUAGUUUGUUUCAUUCUGAACAAAAAUACAAUCCACUGGGAUUCUG